CCCUCCCAACUUGCUUUAUCAGGAAACCCAAAUAUAAUUUCCACAAACCACGAGGUAAGAAAAAUACGUGCCUUCUCUACCUUAACCACAAUCAUACACUUCUCCUAUUCUCAUUGGCUCCCCUCAAAUCGCUGGUCCCGCACAAAUGCUCGACCGAACCGUCACGUGGGCCCCUCUCUUUCUUUAUAUACCUAUCCUAUCAAACUCCCAUUUUCGUCAACCAAAAUUCCAUCAAACACUCGCCUGAGAAUCAAACAUUCAAACUCCCAGUAGUUCCGACGACCAUAUGAACAACGGUAAAGGUGGUUGCUGUAUAGCGAAGUACCCAGGAUCUGGGGGUAAUGGGUUGUACAUGUCAAAGGUGGAUAAGAUAAUGCUCAAGUUUAGGCCGAUCGCGCCGAAACCGGUUGCGACCGGCUCCGGUUCGGGUGGUUCUGGUGCGGAUAAUAGCGACGGGUAUGUUAAAUGUGUAAGAAGUAAGAGAAAAUAUGUUAGGGUUAAGAAGAGCAAAAACGAUAAUUUUAAAAGACAAAAAAGCAGUAGUGAGAAAACGAAGGUGAAGGUGAAAGAAACGCCGGUGGUGACGCUGCCGUUGUUGCCGGAGAGUCCAGAUCGGAAACUGGACGAACCGGUUACCGGUUUUUGUUCAGAUCUGUUGUUAUCUCCGGUCAAGAGUAGUUCAACCAAGAAUGAUGAUAAUAAUAAUAAUAAUUGUGAUAAGAAAGUAGUAGCAUCCACACCAGUGUGGUUAAGGUUUGACGGAAAAGAAGAAAUUAGGGUUUGUUCUAACGUAACAAAACCAUCACCACCACCGCCGCCGCCUCCGCCACGUGUCCCGAAAGUGGUGUCGUACGUGACGGUGGAUUGCGUGACGGACACGUGGGUGGAUUGGGAAGCGUUAGGGUGUACGGACGAGGAGAUAAAGAUGAAUAUGGAGAAGGACACGUGUCCAGGGUUUUUUUCAGAUGGUCAAGAUAGAGUGGUGUGGAUGAACACAGCAUACAAACAGUUGGUUGGUGAAGAUGACGUGGCGGUUGUGUUAGUACGGAAAGACAAAUGGCCGGUUACAUUCACAUACGUCCCAGCUUUCACUUGCAAGGUGAGGGUAACGUUUGUUGGUUCUCAAAGCCACCGGAAAACUUGUUUUCCGACGUUAACGCUGCCGUGUGACGUUUGGAGGAUGAAGUUCGGUACAUGCGCAUGGCGGUUGGACGUUAAAGCUGCUCUUAGUUUGGGUCGGUAAACCGUCUUGAUCCAACAACAAUUAGUGAGUUGUAAUUAUUUUAUAUGAUAUUGCUGAUGAUAUAUAUAUCUUCUUCUAGGUUUCUUGUACAAUUUAGUGUAUGUUUUGACCCGGAUAUAUGUUUCUUGGUGUCUUUACAGAUCUUGAUAAAAUGAUUAGGCAAAACUAAUUUUAAGAAAA